AUGGCGAAAUCUGACAAGGCUGCUGCCCCUAAGGGUCCAGCUAAAUACAAUGUCGGUUGGCGACGAGUGGUCCGCAAUUUCAGCCCAUCGUGGUUUGCAGUCACAAUGGGCACUGGAAUUGUCUCUGUUCUGUUUAACUCCAUUCCCUUCUCAUCGCCAGUUCUAUACUACAUUUCCAUUGUAUUCUUUGUGUUAAAUGUCAUCAUAUUCGCCUUGGCCUUCACUACCUCUCUCGUGCGAUACACCGUGUAUCCUGAGAUCUGGCGAGUGAUGGUUCAAGAUCCAACAAACUCACUCUUCUUAGCAACCAUACCCAUGGGCUUUGCUACUCUAAUCGAGAUGUGGGUUCUCGUCUGUGUUCCCCGGUGGGGAGAAUGGGCCUCGUCCUUUGCAUGGGCGUUGUGGAUAGUAGAUGUCGUCGCUGCAGCUUCGGUAACACUUUCGCUAUCGUUCAUAUUGAUAUCGCAAAGAUAUAUCACCUCUUUGGACCGGAUCACGGCGCUACAAUUGCUACCCAUAGCUGCGACAAUUGUCGCGGCCGGUGUAGGUGCGGAAGUCGCUAGUAUUCUACCUAACAGGGUCCAUGCAUUGGGAACCCUUCUAGUCUCCUUUAUUCUAUGGGGUAUGGGUACACCUUUAGCAUUGGCAGUGCUGGUCAUUUACUACCAACGACUAGCGGUGCAUAAACUGCCUCCACGUGAGGCUGUCGUGAGCUGCUUCCUGCCCCUGGGACCAUUAGGCUUUGGUGGAUUUGGUAUCAUCUACAUCGGGAAAGUAGCUCGUGAACUUCUCCAAGACUCAAACGUUCUCGAUCCCAUCGCCGGCUCCAUGGCUCAUGUCCUUGGUGUCUUUAUAUCUCUCCUUAUGUGGAGCUUUGGUUUAAUCUGGCUUGUCUUUGCUCUUGCGACUGUUCUAUACAGCUCCCCUUUCCCUUUCAACAUGGGAUGGUGGGGCUUUACAUUCCCGCUAGGUGUCUAUGCGGCCAACACAAUGGAGCUGGGGAAAGAGCUGGACCUCAUGUUUUUCAAGGUUUUUGGAACAAUUCUCAGCGCCGCCGUCCUUUUGUUGUGGGCGCUGGUGGCGUCCCGGACAGCUCUAGGAGCAUGGCAUGGGCACUUGUUCCAUGCGCCGUGUUUACAAAACUUGGGUCUGAAAGAGGAUGAAACAGAGGGUGAGCGUCUUCGAGCAUAG